AUGAGCUCUUGGCUACGUAACAUUCAGGGACAAUUAUCGGAAUUCGCAUCCGAAGUACUAAAUGAGGCUACUGAAGAAGUGAAUGAUCCGGAAAGUGAAUUGCAGGUUGUCAGGAAAAAACUCUUGGAAGCAGAGAAAGAGCUUAACACCGAAAAAGAGAAUGUACACAGGUUAAAGAAGAAAAUUGACUGUCUUGAGGAAGAGCUUUAUGCGAAGAAUCUCGAAUUAGAAACAAUAAAUGAGAAAUAUACUGGUGUGAUUGAAAGCCGUGACAUUCAAAUUCGUGUGUUGCAGGCAGAAUUAGAACGAACACAUCAUUCAAUUCAAGAAUCAUCAAAUGAUGGAGAUGAUGACGGAUUAUUCCCAGCGAAUAAUGCUCAUGUUGCACGCAUGAGGGAUGAAAUCCAUCAAUUGCGUAAGGAAGCCGCACAUUGGAAACGUCUUGUUAAUGAACAAUCGGAAAAGAGUGAUGCUCUGAAGAUAUCAGAACUGGAACAUAAUUUAGCUGAACAAAAAACGAAAUUUGAAAAUGAAGUUGCGGCGCUAAUUAUUGCACAUAACGAAACGGUUGCUGAGCUGAAGUCUCUGAAUCAGGAGGACAGGAAUGCCAAUGAAAAAGCAGAAAAUUCCGAACGUUACACUGAACAACACAUUUUGGAGAAUGAUAUCUGUAAAGAGCAAAUCCAUUUAUUGACAGAAGAACGGAAUCUGCUAUUGGAAAAAAUCAAGUCCAUGCAGGAAGAAAAUGAACUGCAGGCGGAUCAGGUAGAUAAGUUGACAUUUCAAGCUGUCGAUAAAGUGCUUAGUGAAGGAAUGAAUGAAUUGGAACAACAACGUGAAAAUUUACAGAAGCAAUUAGAUGUAACAAGGAGAGAAAUUGCUGAAAAAAAUUCUGAGAUUUCCCAGCUACAAACCGAAGUGGGUGAAGUGCACCGUCUCAUUGAUAUACAACGUGAAAAAUUUGACGAUGAAAUUACUAACGAGAGAGAACAGAGCAGAGCAAAAAUUGAAAAAUUACAAAGAGAAGUGGAGAAUUUGCAAUUGCUAGCAAAUUCCAAUGACAAAGACGGAGACAGCGAGAAAUCAAAGAUGGCAGAAACUAUUGAAGAACUCAACAAACAAAUUGUGAUGUGGCAAAAACAGGCUGAAGUUUCGGAAAGCAGAUCAAAGGAGCAAACAGCAUUAGAUCGAGAGUUAGAAAAACUUAGGCGAGAGAAUGCCGAACUUACAGCAGCUUAUAAUGAUUUAAAUGAAGACUUUGAAAACCAUAAAGCAGAACAUGGUUCUGUUGUCACCUCGAAUCGUGACUUGACUGCCCGUAUCGAUGCUUUGAAAGCUAAUCUCAUUGAAUAUGAAGAGCGUUAUGAGAUGUGCAAAAAUGAAAAUGCUGAAACCGUUCAUCAGCUCGAAAAACUUUCAAACGAUUUUGAACGAUUACGUUUAUCGUUUGAAAAUUCAAAGACAAAAAGUGCUUCAGAUGCUGUGGAUGAAGUUGAAAGACUUCGUACGGAAUUAGAUGCUUCAAAAGAUGAUCGUGAGAAGCUACGUGCUGAUGUCGAACGUUUUCGAUCCGCUAUCGGUAUCAUUGAUACGGAACUGAACAGAUUGAGGGAAUCAAACGACAGAUUAGUCCAAGACAACAAGGUCAUGGGCGCUAGUUUAGACAAAUUUGCUGAAAUUCGGGAUAUGUUGGAAAAUAGCGAUAGCGAAUUAAAAAAUCUCCGAAAAAAGUUCUUCCAACUUCAGAGCGAGCAUGAAUUAAAGGAAAAACAAUGGCGCGAACAGUUGUUAGAAUUGAGUGAAGCGCUUGAUGAUGCUAGACGUCGGCUGGAGGAGUAUCAGCGAGAAACAGCAAUGAGGCAAUCACGUUCAUCUGAGACUGCUCUGUCUGCCGAAAUUAUUGAAUUAAAAAGUGAAGAAGCCAAAGUUACAACAAGCAGCGAAGGUACUGUGGAUUCAAAUAACGGAUGGGAGAAGAUGGCAGAUUGGGAUGCGACAGCGCCGACAAAUGGAUCGUCAUCCGCAAAUGGUUCAAAUAAUUGUACAAUUAUGAAUGAAUUACGCGAAGCUCUGGCAGUUGUGACGGAAAAGACAGAAGAAUGUGAGGAAUUACGUCGGCAAAAACAUGAGCUCGAUAAAGAAGUCGGUCCUCUGGAUCUACGACAAACAUGUAUCGAUGAGUUGAUGGUGCAAAUGAAUGUUCUACAAUCUCAACAACAUGUACAUGCAGAAACUUUUGCACAACUUCGUGGUUGGGCAAAUGAACUAGAACGGGAUAAAUUAGAACUAGAACGAAAUCUUGUUCAUACAAAAGAAAAAUUAGAAGAGGUGCAAAAGCAGUUGGAUGCAGUCAAGGGAGAAGAAUUAAUAAAUGUCAAACAAGUCGAUUCGAUACAGCAAAUAAUAGAAGAAUACGAACAAAAAAUGAGAGAUCAAGAUGCUGCCCAUGAAGAAGCUUUGCGUAAUACUAGCAUGGAACACAUGAAUGUUCUCGACGAAAUCGAGAAUAAACUGAAGGCAGCCGAAGAUGAGAUAAAACAAUUACGACAGCAGAAUGAAGCUGCAGAACAAUUUCAGCAAACAGAAGAAAACGUCAAGCUUUUGCAUAUAAAUACGGAAUUAAUGGAAGCAGUGCAAAGACAGAAUGAAUUGGAGAAAGCAAACUGUGAACUGCAGCAUAAACUUAAUGAGACAUCAGCACAAUUAACAGAAUCUGAAAGGCUUCGAGUCGAAUUAAUUGAGCUAGUGGAACAGAAGCAUACCGAAAGUGUUAAAUAUCAUAAUCAGUUGCAGACUGUACUCGUUGAGAAAGAGCAACAAAGCAUUACUUUUGCUUCAUAUGCUGAAAGAUUACCUAUCUUGGAGCAAGAAUUGAAAUUUUGCGCAGAAGUGCGGGACAAGGCGUUAAGAGAAUGUGAACGACUACGUGACCAUUUGUUAACUAUCGAGGAAGCAUCAACUAAGGAUGCCCUAGCUGGAGAAGAACGAGAAACAGAAUUGAGACAACGAAUCAGAAUACUCGAGCAAAAAACGGAAGAAUCAGCAGAUAAUGUUAUAGAGUCUGCUAAUGCAUAUCAGCGACAAAUUGCGGAACUUACCGAUGAAUUGGAUUUUAUGAAGAGUGAGAAGAUAUCCAUCGUCAAUAGAUUACAAGAGCGAGAGAAAACAUUAGCUGAUACAAAAAUGGCACUCUCAAAUUUGCAAAAUGUUUUGCGCGAUAUCGGUAUAGAUCAUGAAGCACAGAUGUUACAAUAUGAAAAUACUGUUGCCGAGCUGAAAAAAAAUAUGGAAAAUUUAAGUCAGGAAAUAGUUCAAUUCAAGCAGGCACAGGAUACCAUUGAGGCCGAAAAGCAAUUUUUGGAAGAGAAAACUAUGCAUCUAAAAGAAGAAAUUACUAAAAAAAAUGCGAUGAUUGAAGAACUUGAAGCAAAUCUUGAUGAGCAUGCACAAUUAGCAGUAGCAUCAGUCUCAUCGUAUACAAUUGAUGAUCAAGUAUUGCGUCAACUCUUUAUGUCCUAUUUUACUGCUGACAAAGAUAAACAACCAGAAAUUGCUGUCUUAUUGGCUUCGGUGCUGGGUUAUUCGCAAGAGGAAAUUGCAAAAAUUAAUGCUGCAAGUCAUUCUUCUUCGAGGGGAUGGUUUGGUUUUAGUGGUUCAUCGAGGCUUUCUCAACAGAACAUUUCUUUGGCAGAGCAAUUUGUUCGUUUCUUGGAGAAAGAAUCUUUAACAACACCUCACUCUCUUCCGGUUCAGGAAUCCAAAAUAGCAAUUUAUGGAAUUGGUGACAGAAAAUAUAUUCCUGCUAAAUCAAGAAUAUUUUUGAAUCAAAACUGUCCACUUUUAAGUACCACUCUUUUCGACACAUUACUAGCUGUAGCUGGUGCAAACAUUCCGACGUCAUAUUAUCAGUCUGAAGAAAUAGAAACAAUACGUUCCAAUAUUCCGAUGGAAUGUUCAAGGACAUCAUCCGCAACCGACCUACAUUCAAUACUGAACCCAUGA